CGGAGAAGAACGAGCAGCCAUUUAACCUAUUUUGCUACCAUGUUGACGUUGAAGUACACAGGCAACACUGUCUGUUUAUUUUAAACUAAAAAAAUGGGUUCUUCUUCGAUCUCUCUGAAGCCCUUCAUUAAUCCCGUUUCCAUUUCUCGCCCAUCUCAGAGCACAAUUUCUGGAAAGACGUGGGAUAGCUUGGUGUUUAGCAAGUCGGUGAAUUUCAGAACAAAUAAAGUGUUGUGUGCAGAGGGAUUCAAGCUCUAUUGCUUGGUUGAUAGAGAGAUGGAUGUGAGCACUUCUGCUUUAGUGGAUGUUGAUGUUGCAGAGGGUUUAACUGAAGAGGAGGAGCUAAGGGAGCCUCGAAUUUCAACAAUGGUGAUGAAUUUCGAGAAUAAGUUUGAUCCUUAUGGUGCAGUUAGUACGCCGCUUUACCAGACUGCUACUUUUAAGCAGCCUUCUGCAACAGAAAAUGGUCCCUAUGACUAUACUAGAAGUGGAAAUCCUACUCGAGAUGUUUUAGAAAGUAUUCUUGCAAAACUUGAUAAAGCAGAUAGAGCCUUUUGCUUCACCAGUGGAAUGGCUGCUUUGAGCACUGUUGUUCACCUUCUAAAAAGCGGUGAGGAAAUUCUUGCCGGUGAUGAUGUGUAUGGUGGAGCAGAUAGGUUGCUGUCCCAAGUAGUUCCCAGAAGUGGAGUUGUGGUGAACCGGGUAAAUACAUGUGAUUUCAAUGAGGUUGCAUCUGCUAUUGGACCCAGGACUAAGCUUGUAUGGCUGGAGAGUCCAACCAAUCCCCGGCUACAAAUUUCUGAUAUUCGAAAAAUAGCAGAGAUGGUUCAUGCACAUGGUGCUCUUGUGUUGGUGGACAAUAGUAUAAUGUCACCUGUAUUAUCCCAGCCAUUGGAACUUGGAGCAGAUAUUGUCAUGCACUCAGCUACCAAGUUUAUUGCUGGACAUAGUGAUAUUAUGGCUGGUGUGCUUGCAGUGAAAGGUGAAAGGUUGGCAAAAGAAAUAUAUUUCUUACAAAAUGCGGAGGGCACAGGCUUAGCUCCAUUCGACUGUUGGCUUUGUUUGCGAGGAAUCAAGACAAUGUCCCUUCGAGUUGAGAAGCAACAGGAGAAUGCUCAGAAAAUUGCUGAGUUCCUUGCCUCUCAUCCGCGAGUGAAGAAAGUAAACUAUGCUGGUUUGCCUGGCUCUCCUGGACGAGAUUUACACUAUUCUCAGGCAAAAGGUGCAGGAUCUGUGCUAAGCUUUUUGACAGGUUCACUUGCUCUCUCAAAGCACAUUGUUGAAACCACCAAGUACUUUAGCAUAACCGUUAGUUUUGGGAGUGUAAAAUCCCUCAUCAGCCUUCCCUGCUUUAUGUCGCAUGCUAGCAUACCUACUGCAAUUCGUGAGGCCAGAGGUUUAACCGAAGAUCUAGUUCGUAUAUCCGUUGGUAUUGAAGAUGUUGAUGAUCUGAUUGCCGAUCUAGACAAUGCAUUUAGAACUGGGCCUCUGUAAUUUCAUAUAAAUAUCCACCCAGGACCAAUUGGAUAACAAAUACUAUAUAUCUAAGUUCUGAUGAAACAUGUUGAAGAUUUGGAAACAUAGUUAUCCCCGGUUCUGGAGCCUGUGGGGACUGAAAAGUUUAAUGUAAUUUUCGUAUUUACAAGUUACAAAAAUCCAUAUUUUUUUUUGUAAUAUUGAGAUGUAGUCGUGUCUUUAACCAAAGAUCAACGCAUUUAUUUUUUAGAAACAUAUUUUCUGAUCAAAUGCCAUUUGAGUAGCCAAUGCUUGUUGGCUAAUAAGGCUCAAAGCCUUC